AUGCUUCCUGUUUCAGAAUCGAAUAGCAACAUGGAGGCGACAGAGAUGGAGAAGCCGCUGGUUAAAGACUUGAACGAACAUAUCGUGUGCCCUCUAUGUAGGGGCUACCUCAUAGACGCAACGACACUCGUGGAAUGUCUGCAUUCUUUUUGCAGAGGUUGCAUAGUAAGACGACUGAGCAGCGGUGCCCGAGCGUGUCCCGUAUGCAACAUCGCGACGUCUCCGCCUCUUCUGCCGGACGUAAAGCUACAACAACUGGUGUAUUUGGUGGUACCGGGUCUCUUCCGGUCCGAGCUCGAACGAAGGCGUCACUUCCGGCUCGUGAACCCCCAAUGUCCGCCUUUGGUGCCGCCGUUGGGGGCACUCGACUUGACCUUGGACGAUUUCGUCAGCCUGAGCCUGUGCGAGCUCGAGGAGCCGGAAGAGGAGGCGCCUGGCCAGUCGCCGGGAAACGACGACGCUGACCAGACGACGAACGUGGAAACGAUUCGAGUGAGAAACACGCGAUACCUAAAAUGUCCGGCCGGUGUAACGGUUCGACACCUCCUGAGACUGCUGAUGCUGAAGAGGGGCUGGGAGGAAACGAAUUCUCACGGGGCGAACGUCAACGCCAUAGAGAUGCUCUGCGAAAAGUACAACGAGGAAUACGGUAGCAUGGAAACGAUAGUUCUGGACCAGUCUUGGACGCUGCUGGACCUUGCACGCAUAUUCGGCUGGAAAAGAGAAGAGCCAAUGAAGCUGUUUUACCGGAUGGCGCGAAAGACGGACGUCGUCCCCGUCCCUCGAGUGAGUUCUUACAACGACGAGACGACCAAGGAUGCCACGACUAUGGAAAACAUUCAAAGGCCGCCGACGCCGCCGCCGAGUCCCAAGCCUGUCCAGGAAUGCGAAGUCGAGGCUUGUAGGAUUUUAGAAAGUAGCACCGAGCCGCCUCGGUCUCUGGAGACGAAUCUGGAACGCGACAAAGAGCCGAAAGCGAAGAAACCCCGUUGCGAGGUGACGCCCGUCAUACGUACGCCCGAUCUGGUGUCGAUGCAGACCAACCACGCGCCAGAGGGCUCGAAGACCAAAGAGCUGGCCAGGCUGGAGCAUCGGAAACGCAGGAAACGACGGAACAAACGCGUGAUCGCCGAGAUCACGACCACGCCGCGCGAGGAUCUGUUGAAGUUGAAGGUGCGUCUGACGCCCUGUCCGCCGAGGAUCACGUCGAGCACGGGCAGCGGCCAGGCGAAGGAGAAGCUGAUACAGAUGAGGGCCGUUAGAAGGGAGAAGAUCAAAGGCACGGGGAUAGGUCAGCAACGAUCGUCGAGCUCGUUGGUUCGAGACGAGGGGGCAGGCGCGAAGGAAACCAUCGGGGAAACCGAGGAAACGAUAGAGGAGAUCAUAGACAGCAUACCGGACGAGGUGGUCAGAAUCGCACAAAACAUAACUACUCCGGGAGAGGAGGCGUCCGCCGAGCAGAGAGGCGCCACGUCGACGUGCAGGUCUGCGCCGAAGUCGAAGGAAGAGACGGAAUCGGAGGCCGUGAAGCCGUCGGAGGAAAUCGUCGGUGAACGGCCGAAGAAAGACGAGGAGAUCCUUCGACGAUUGGGUUUGGUGGCGGUGAACGAGGCGAACGACAAGACGAAGCAACGCGCGCAGAACAACAGCGAGAAGGUCGAGCACUUGAAUCGGGAGAAGCUCGAGAAGCAACUGCGCGAGAGCAAAGCGAAUCGAGUGAGGAGCUUGCUGGCGGAGAAACAAAUGCGCGACGCGCUCAAGAGCAUAAUGUCGAAAACAAAAGAGGAGCAACCCUCGUCCGUGCAGGUGAACGCCGUGCCGAAGAAGAAAGGCCCGCCGCCGCUGGCGCCCCUGCGAGUCGCGAAACCGUCGGGCUUCGCCGCGUCGAGCGCCAUUUUGGAACCGAACAAUUCCAAAUACGAGACCCCGUUGGACCUGAGCAGCGGCGGGACCGUGCACAACAACGUACUCGAUCUGUCGGCCAAUCUGUCCAUCGGUAACUUCUGCUCGUUGUCCUCCUCGUCAUCGCCCUCGUCUUCUACGCCUUCCCCUUGCUCCUCCUCGUCCUCGUCAGGCUCCUCGUCCUCUUCCGUGCCCUCGCUGAACCCCAGGACGCCGCGUUCGACGAUCGCGCCGGGUGGUUUGCUGCGCGGAAAAACGAAGAAUCCGGACCAGCAACCACGGGGUCAGGAAUCUAAUCUGGUCACGCUCUCCGACGCGGCAGUGUCCUUACUGAGCGGAUGCAUCACCGACAAGAACUCGGUGGACCCUUUGGUGCUGGGCUCGGCCAAUAUCGCCAGCAAAGUGGCGCUCCGGAUACCGCAACCGCACCAGAGAAUCUCCGGUUUCGGGAUGAAGAUCAAGCCGAACCUCGGCGUCAGGCACAUACCUAACCCGCAGGCGGUGGUCGCCUCGCAGUACAGGAAUCAAAGGGCCAGUUACUUCAACACAGCCUCUCAGCAACCGCCGUAAGAGGGAUCGUCGCGACCAACGAACGCUCCACUCUCCCGUUUCCUCCAUUUUUCCAUUACUUCCUAUUCAUUAUUAUACGUGUAAGAACGCUCCUAUAGAAACGAGAUUCCUAUGUGACCAACCCAAAGGCUGUACGUUACCAUAUAUUUUCUUCUCCCGCUUCCUACGACGCCGCGCCGCGUUCGAAUAGGGACUUUCGAGCGACGAGUUUCGCGUGGGUGCGAAGACGCACGGGGCACACAGCGCCGUGGUAGCGAAAACUAGAACGACGAGUCGGUAAGUGAAAGCGAAGGAAAUAUCGCGAUAUUUAAUACGGCGAGCGUAGAUACCUGAAACGAAUAUUCGUUUUUCGAUCGUUGGGAUACUUUGUCGUUCCCGCGCGUCUUCGUUCCACGAUGGGGAAAACGACGACGACGGGUGUUCGAUCCGUCGCGUCGAACUACGUAUGUUUGUAAUACAUGUGUGCGUGUCUAUUAAACAGAAAUCGUGUCCACGAUUUCGAGAGUUCGGCGAUUUUACGAACGGCUCUAUAUUUGCAAAUGGCGCAACGCCCGACAAAGAUAAAUUAAAGCGUAUAUAAUUGUACGGUUAGGGGUCGUAGAGAUGGUGUAGCGGGUGAAUGGUUAGGAACACGGUGGACGGAUGACUGAUGAAGCUUUUCUUGUCCCCCCUCCCCUCCCCCUCAACGUGUUGUAUCUCCUUCUUAGAAACAUAAAGGAAUAUGUACUUCAUAGAGAUGCCAAAGAACGUCAGAGAACGUGUGCAAUGUAUUAGUGCAAUUUAAUUAUCGUCUAUUACAAUAUAUAUAAUAUAUUAUAGCCGGUUUAACGCGGUGUAAGACUGUAAGGUUCAAUUCGUGGUAAAAAGAAAAAAAAAAAGAUGAAAAACAAAAGAGGUAGACACUAGUCGUGAGCGACGAAACGCGCGCGAAUUGCAUGAAUGUGAUUUCAGGCAGCCCCUUAGGAAAUUAUACAAAAUAUUGGCAGACGUGUUCGUAAAAGCCGUGGGGGGCGAUCUUUUAUAAUUCGAAGUUGUUGGAAAGUUGCGCGAAAACUUUCUAACCCGGUCUCGGUAAUCUGAUAUCGAGACGAGUAUCGUUGAAUUCAGGAGUCUGAGUUGUAUGUACGGUCGCCACGUACACGACGAGGUUUUUUAUUUUUUAAAAAUAUAAACUCAUAUCGCUGUUAUUGAUUUCCGAAUAAUAUAUUAUCGUGAAGUGCUUUUGGAAACAUUGAAUAAAAGAAGUAACCGAGCGCGAGCUCGUUGUUCGUGAUACGAUAUACAAUUUUUAACGCUGUAAUCUGGAGUAUUUCGCGAUCGUCGAAUCGCUUCCGUUUACACGGGGACAGUAAUAACGAGCAACUUGAUUUAAAAGAGACCCGAAACGUGUAUCAGGAGACUAUAUCUUACUCGAACGAUCAGAAUAAUUCAAUGUUUAUAUGACUGUACGAAUCGAGCGUACGCGUCGUAUGAAAGUCAAGGUGGGUAUGAGAAGAUUCAAUUAUAAUCGAAUAUUCGAUACGUACUUCGAGUCGAUGGAGUUUUUAAACGUACGCUUGAAAUGGAACUUGUCAACGAGAAACGAGAACGAAUGGGAACUACUCAGAACGUUGGUAUAUUAUAUAAUAAUAUUCGUGUAGGAAAGCAACGCAUCAAUUAAUAGACGUAUGUAUAGCUUGUACGAUUACGAUGUCCAACUAUUCUGUUCUAUUCGUGCAUACGCGAAACGUAAAACGUGCAAAGGAAGAAAUGGUAGAACGUAUCCGCUGUUCGUGACGUAACCAGAUGUUCGAAUUACUAACGAAAUUUACGUCAAUUAGUUUCGUGGCUGGCCGUCAUCGACAGUGCUGAAGCAAAGAGCCACGCGAUUUUGAUUAAGCUGAAAAUCAAAAAAAUGCCUGUUCUACGGGAAACGAAGAGGCCGUGACGUAGCCACCGCUCGUUAGAAUUUACGGCGAAUUAAAAGGGACCCAGAUUUUUACACGUUAUUUUUCUACGGCCUUUUUUAAACGAAAUCGCGACACGGAGGAACCACGUUACGUUCUGUCGUCACGAUCGAUCAUAAUUUAUCCAUUGAUCCGACCUGUUAUCAAAUACCCACGUUGAACAAAUACCAAACCGAUCUUCGAGCUCGAUGAUAAUGUAGCCACAAACGACUGUGAACAUUACUCGACCGUUUUAAUAUCCGACCUGUUCUAUGAACAGACAGAUGCCACGUAAUUGUACCGUAAGUUCUACGCAAAAUAUUAAUCUACUGUUCGAAGGAACGUUCGUGUACUUCGUUGUUAACGAGAGAAAACAAUAAGAAGCAACGGCACUUAAAUAAAUCGUUUUACAAAAUAGCGAUGGAAAAAGACUUCAACGCGCAAGGUGUGUCGGUACACGCGCGAAUAACGAGGGAUCAAGAAUUCUUUCUAUCGAAAAGGUAUUUUCCUGUUUCUUGAUUGUUGACGUCGUGAAAUUUUCAUCAGGCUUCCACUUCGAAGAAAAUUUUUUUAUCUCGGUAACGCGACCUCGAAUUUGAAUAACACGAAAGUAGUUUUUUAAACCGUUGUACUCGAAAAAAAAAAGAAAAGUGGACUCAUCGAAUGCGUAGAAUGCCAAAAUGCACGUGAUCAUGUUAUAAGCGCAGUCGUUGAAAUCGCGUCUUUGAUCGAUCAAGAGUUAUGCGAGUAUUCGAGAUUUUAAAGAGUUAUUGAGAUUUUACCAGAAAAAUUUCUGUUGUUUUCGAUCGAUCAUCGCGAGAGCCCGAUCACCCGACGUAGUUACGUUUAUUUUUGUUUGGAAAUUUUAAGAUUGUAAUGCAUAAUCGUAAAAUCGAUUGUACCGUCGAAAACGUUGUCGUAAUUAAACUAUUCCGACAUUAAAUCGCAACUACUUAUUAUAGUUACUACCGAUAUUAUUGUCGCCAUAAAUACUAUAUAUGUAAUUCAGUACAGUAUUUCCACAAUAAGCAAGCUGUGAAUGUAAUCGAAAUAAGAAUAUCAAUAAUCGUUAAGAAUACAAUUAUUAAUGUAUCCGAAACCUUCUUUAUUCCCAUAUGUUACGUUUAGUUGUUCGAACUAAUUAUAAAACGGUCCUAACAUUGCCACUUCACUCGUUAAAUCAAAAUCAACGCAAGAGAAAUCGAAAUUUAUCGUAGUCUAAAUCACAGCAUAAUCCAGACUAUAAAUGCGUAUUAUAUUACCGUAUAUCUAGUAUAAUAAUAUUGAUCGUUCGAGUAUUUAAUUGCAAAGAAAUUAUUGCAAGGUUCUGUUUUGUUCGGGGAUUACCCAACUGCGUUCUGUCGACGAAUACUAAUCGACAAUAUUUGUUAUUGCUAAUUAGCUAUAGCGUAUUCACUCCAAUAUUUUGUUAAAAAAUUGUUUUUGAAAAUCGUGUUGCAUCGUUGCUCGUCAAUAAAUCGUAAUGUAUG